UCAAAUAAAAUUCUCUCUUCUCUCCCUUUCUCUCUACUGAUUUGUCUCUUGUGUCAUCUUCCCUUUUCUCCGCUCUGAUGUCCAUUGCAUCUCAUUCUUCCAUCUCAGAAACCCUAGAUUAAUCUAGGGUUUCCAUGGUGGGUUUUGUUCUUCUACUGAUCUGUAAUCAUAACAACUGUUCCGCCUCCUUCCUCGUUGCUUAAGCCUUUUUGCUUCCUCUGCUUUUUGCAAUUUCAAAAUCUGCAAUUUCCUUCGCCUUCUGAGUUCGAAGUUAGCUUCUUCCUGGUUCUUUCCUUAGGGUUCUGCAACAAUCUGGAUCUUAGUCUCCCCCUCUGUUUUUUUUUUUUGGGAUUUUGAUUAAAAACUCAACUUGAUUUUGGGUGUCACCAUUCUCUGGAAAAACCUUUGUAAAACCCUAGUUUUGGAACGUCAUUGUUGCUCUCUCUUGUCUCUUGGAAAGAGUUUAGGAUUAGGAUUCUCGCUCCCCCUCUUAUUUCCCCCCUACUUUCAAGGGUUUUUUUUUUUCUGGGCGGUUGAGAUUUUGUUUCAGAGUUCGGUCUUUCACUUGGACUCAACCACUGUUAUAGGAAAAAGAACCCUAGAAGUUUCUCUCCACCAUACUUGAAUCCUCAGGGAGAAGCUUUCUUAGUUUUAAAUGCAUGGAUGGGCGAGGAGCUAUGGCAUUCCCCGACGCACACUCUUCGUUCUACCAUCUCCAGAGAGGAGCCUUCAGCGCGAUCUCCGCAUCCCAGGCGACGAAUGCACUUCACGCGCCGCCCGGGAUGAGGCCGAUGUCCAACCCUAAUAUACCUCCGCAGUCCAAUGCAGGACCUCCCUUCUCCAUUGGCGAGCACAGGCACCAGGAUUUUGGCCAUGGCUUUCACAUGGGAAUGGCUUCUUCCGCGGCGACGCUGCCACCAACUCCAGCGACAGAGCCAGUGGUGAAGAAGAAGCGUGGACGGCCGCGGAAAUAUGCUCCUGAUGGUCAGGUCUCUCUUGGGCUCUCUUCGUUGUCCUUACCUAAUAAGCCUAAAAGCUCUUCCAUGUCGGAUCCCAAUGCGCCUAAACGAGCCAGAGGCCGACCUCCGGGAACGGGAAGGAAGCAGCGUUUGGCUAAUCUUGGUGAGUGGAUGAACAGUUCAGCUGGACUUGCUUUUGCACCGCAUGUGAUCAGUGUUGGAGUAGGGGAGGAUAUCAUUUCGAAAAUUCUGUCAUUCUCUAUGCAAAGGCCAAGGGCUGUUUGUAUCAUGUCUGCAACUGGAACUGUUUCUUCAGUAACGCUACAUCAACCUGCAUCUUCUGUGCCUUCUCUGUCAUUUGAGGGGCGAUUUGAGAUAAUAUGUUUGUCGGGAUCUUAUUUGGUGAAUGAAGAGGGUGGGCCUAGAAGCCGAACUGGCGGUAUUAGUGUCUCACUUUCUAGCCCUGAAGGCCGUGUGAUUGGUGGUGGAGUUGGAAUGCUUAUAGCCGCCAGCCUCGUCCAGGUUGUGGCAUGUAGCUUUGUAUAUGGAAGUUCAAAAGCCAACAAAGCAAGCAAGCAAGAGAAUGGUCCAGAAGAAGAGAACGGCAAUGACAUUGGAACGCCGGCUGGCAGUAGUGCACCACAGCCAUCAGCUCAGACACCGAACUUCUCAGCUCCUCCUACAAUGGCCGGGUGGUCUGGUUCUACUGCCAGAUCGCUCGACUCGAGAAACCUCCAUCUCACUGAUAUUGACUUGACUCGUGGAUGAAGGAUGAUGAAACUUUUCCAUGUUAUUUGCCUCCUUAGCUUGAAGCAGCAGCAUACAGAAAGUGGGUGCUGUACAUAAAAUGUGUUGUAGAGUUUACUUGGAUUCCCUGGGAAUGAUCCUCUGAAAAAAUUUCCAGAUUGGCCUGAGAGUUCUUGUUAGUUCCCGGGAUGAAAACUCUUUCGAAUUCCUAACAUUUUGUUGUAAUUGAAAUCCUCUUCAGGGUUUAAGGCA